AUGAGAAGCCUCUUUCAUGGUUCAUGGUUCAUCAGACUGAUUCAUGAUACUUGCAUUCAUUUGAAUAAAUCUAUGUUGCUCCUCUGCUUAUUCCACUCUAAUUCUACAAUGAGCUCUAUUGAUGAGAAGCCUCUUUCAUGGUUCAUCAGACUGAUUCAUGAUACUUGCAUUCAUUUGAAUAAAUCUAUGUUGCUCCUCUGCUUAUUCCACUCUAAUUCUACAAUGAGCUCUAUUGAUGAGAAGCCUCUUUCAUGGUUCAUCAGACUGAUUCAUGAUACUUGCAUUCAUUUGAAUAAAUCUAUGUUGCUCCUCUGCUUAUUCCACUCUAAUUCUACAAUGAGCUCUAUUGAUGAGAAGCCUCUUUCAUGGUUCAUCAGACUGAUUCAUGAUACUUGCAUUCAUUUGAAUAAAUCUAUGUUGCUCCUCUGCUUAUUCCACUCUAAUUCUACAAUGAGCUCUAUUGAUGAGAAGCCUCUUUCAUGGUUCAUCAGACUGAUUCAUGAUACUUGCAUUCAUUUGAAUAAAUCUAUGUUGCUCCUCUGCUUAUUCCACUCUAAUUCUACAAUGAGCUCUAUUGAUGAGAAGCCUCUUUCAUGGUUCAUCAGACUGAUUCAUGAUACUUGCAUUCAUUUGAAUAAAUCUAUGUUGCUCCUCUGCUUAUUCCACUCUAAUUCUACAAUGAGCUCUAUUGAUGAGAAGCCUCUUUCAUGGUUCAUCAGACUGAUUCAUGAUACUUGCAUUCAUUUGAAUAAAUCUAUGUUGCUCCUCUGCUUAUUCCACUUCUAA